AAACGUAUAUAAUUAUUAUUAUUAUUAUAUGGACAGAUCAUCUGCUGGCAGAAGAUGAGGGCCAGACAGGAGAGUCACAGACUCGGAUCCUCCGGAUGGUGUUCGUGUGUUUCAAGCUGCCCAAAACAACAGCUGUAUGAAAGCCUCCUCACGCCCCUCACUAAUGCUGAAUUCAUUAAAGUCACCUUCAGGCUGUUUUCUGAACACACAGCGGACGCGUUCAGGCUUUUAUCAACUUUUCCAUUAAAACUAUCCAUCAAAUUUACACGCGGCUUUUCCCCGUGGCUGAUGCUCGCCUUGGAUUUGGUCUGACGGAGGCAAAAGAAACAUUUCCUCUUCGCGUAUUUUAGUCUCCAGUGAAAGCUCAGAGCCUCUGCUCGGUGCUCACUUUGUUUUGACUGUGACAAACUAUUUUACCGCUUCAGUUUUGUCCCAAAUGUAAGAGAAGAAAACACAAGCGAGAGGAGCUCGUGGAGGCGCAGAGACACCGAGCAGAGCGGGUUGAGUCUAUAAGGUUCUCAUGUGUUAUUUAAGAGCGCAGCGCCGCUCGGACGCUAUCAUUGUUCAAGCCAGACAGCGUUUGAUACAGCACAGAUCCGAUUCGAGAGAGAUGGCAGAAACCGCUCCAGCACCGGCUGCUGCAGCCCCGGCCAAAGCGCCCAAGAAGAAGUCAGCUGCGAAAGCCAAGAAAGCAGGUCCAGGAGUCGGUGAGCUCAUCGUCAAAGCCGUGUCCGCAUCCAAGGAGAGGAGCGGCGUGUCCCUCGCCGCCCUGAAGAAAGCUCUCGCCGCCAGCGGUUACGACGUGGAGAAGAACAACUCUCGCGUCAAGAUCGCCAUCAAGAGCCUGGUGACUAAAGGCGCCCUGGUGCAGGUCAAAGGGACCGGCGCCUCGGGCUCAUUCAAGCUCAACAAGCAGCAAGCCGAGACCAAGAAGAAGCCAGCCAAGAAAGCGGCUCCUAAAGCGAAGAAGCCCGCGGCCAAGAAACCCGCUGCUGCCAAGAAGCCCAAGACCGCAGCGGCAAAGAAGCCCGCCGCAAAGAAAUCGCCCAAGAAGGCCAAGAAACCCGCCGCAACAGCCGCUAAGAAGGCGACGAAAAGCCCCAAGAAGGCAAAGAAGCCAGCAGCCGCUAAGAAAGCAGCCAAGAGCCCCAAAAAGACCAAGGCGGCUAAACCUAAGGCGGCAAAGCCUAAAGCCGCCAAGCCUAAAAAGGCAGCGCCCAAAAAGAAAUAAAUUCUUCACUGUUUUUCCUCAACGGCUCUUUUAAGAGCCACCUAAUAACUCUGAAUAAAGAGCAAAACUCCGAUGUUACUGAUUUGACCUGCAAUUUCAAUAGCUAAUGGAAGUACAUUUUUGUAAAAGCUUAAAAUCUGUUAACAUGCGUGUUCUGGGCGCAGUAUUUAAAUCACAAAAAAGCAAAGGAACAUUCUACAAUGCUUGACAUUUAAUUGCCUUAUGUACUUACUGGUUUUAAAAGUUGAAAUUCAGUAUACACCUGCAAGCGGACAAGCCCGGAAAUUUAGUAUUAAUGCUUGGUACAAAACUGUUUAAUUUAUAUAUUUAUUUAUUUUAAAUAAUAAUGGCGGGCCUCGUUUACCCUUCGAGGUGAAAAAAAAAAAAAAAAAAAAGUUUUGGAGGGAAGUUAAGUGAUUAGAUGAAAGUCUUAACAGGCUGUAAACCAAUGGGCGACUGGCACUGUUGCAACCGGUUUGACCCCCGGAUUCACAGACAAGGCUUAAGCUAGUCCUAGACUAAAAUGCAUGUUUGAGCUGUUAACUGAAAGUAAUUUGCACUGACAUAUCUUAAAGUACGUCAGCGCCAUUGUUUUGUCUUGAGAUGCACACAAGUGAUGUUUUUUUUUUUUUUUUUUUUUUCUAAGGUACAUUUAUAAAAGCUACUUAAAUGUCCUAAUAGAACCAAGGCCAAAUCCUGGCUUAGUCUAAGCCCUUUCUGUGAAACCGGGCCUAUAUCUUGGCAAAGUAAAUUAUUUGUAAAACUUAUGUUAAAAUAUUGUUUCACCACUUUAGUUUUACUGACAAUGUUUUACACAUGCUGACUGUGUAUUUAGAAAUGCUAUAAACUAUGACAGAGGUUAUUAAUAUUUAUCUCAAUAACCUUAAUAAAUAAUUAACCUUACUUUA